CCUAACGAAAAAGAAAAAAAAAACAAAAACAAAACUCACGCACUCACUCACACUUCACACACGCCGCCUGCCGACACCACAACAGCCAGACCUCCGAAAUUCUCUCCACCGCACUACUGCUCCCAGUGCCAGUCUUUCACCACGGCAAUCAGAACUUGAAGCAGUAAAAUGGCAGUGGCUUCUUUCAAGCUGCAGUUCAGUUACAUUAAAUCCCAAUCAAACUUUAGACCUGCAUUAUCGAAGUAUUGUUCUAGGUCGGGAAGGAUCAAAUGUGCUGCCACCACACCUAGAAAGAGCUACAAUAUUACCCUACUGCCCGGGGAUGGCAUAGGCCCUGAGGUCAUCUCUGUCGCCAAGAACGUCCUCAACCUUGCUGGCUCUCUUGAAGGAAUUGAAUUUUCAUUCAAUGAGAUGCCUGUGGGUGGAGCUGCCUUGGAUUUGAUUGGAGUCCCGUUACCAGAGGAGACACUUACGGUGGCAAAGCAGUCUGAUGCAGUUCUUCUUGGAGCAAUUGGAGGGUAUAAAUGGGAUAAAAAUGAAAAGCAUUUGAAGCCUGAGACUGGUUUGCUUCAGCUUCGGGAAGGCCUUGGGGUUUUCGCAAAUUUGAGGCCAGCAACUGUUUUGCCACAAUUAGUGGAGUCUUCAACACUGAAGAAAGAGGUUGCUGAAGGGGUUGACCUAAUGGUCGUGAGGGAACUUACAGGAGGUAUUUAUUUUGGAAAACCAAGGGGUUUUGACACUAAUGAAAAAGGUCAGGAGAUUGGAUAUAAUACCGAGGUGUAUUCUGCUUUUGAGAUUGAUCGCAUCGCCCGUGUUGCAUUCGAGAUUGCUCGCAAGCGGAAUGGAAAGCUUUGCUCUGUUGACAAAGCAAAUGUCUUGGAGGCGUCUAUGCUAUGGAGGAAAAUAAUAACAGCAUUGGCUUCUGAAUUCCCUGAUGUUGAGCUCUCACACAUGUAUGUUGACAAUGCAGCAAUGCAACUUGUCCGCAAUCCAAAACAGUUCGAUACGAUUGUGACAAACAACAUAUUUGGCGAUAUUUUGUCGGAUGAGGCUUCUAUGAUUACUGGAAGUAUAGGGAUGCUUCCAUCUGCAAGUCUUGGUUCAUCGGGACCUGGCCUUUUUGAACCCAUACAUGGUUCUGCUCCUGAUAUUGCUGGACAGGAUAAAGCAAACCCGUUGGCAACGAUGCUUAGUGCUGCUAUGCUUUUAAAGUAUGGACUAGGGGAAGAAAAUGCUGCAACAAGAAUUGAGAUGGCGGUUUUGGACACCCUAGAUAGAGGGUUUCGAACUGGUGACAUACACUCCUUUGGACAUAAACUGGUGGGAUGCAAGGAAAUUGGUGAAGAAGUCAUGAAGUCAGUAGAUUCAGGAGCCGGUUAUACAAAUUGAUGCAUGAUGAGCAAUGAAAUUAUUGGCAUUAGACGGCUGUACUAUUAUUCGCAUUCUUCCCAACUCUUUUUUUCUUCUUUUUGGCGAGUGUCCAAGAGGUGGCAGCUGCUACUUCAAAAAAUGUACUUUUUUGUCCAUCUUACAUGUUCUAUCCUUGGUGUGCGAGGAUUAUGAGUUUUCCCCAUCUGAUGCAUCUCUGGUCUCUACUACUAGUAAUAGUAGCACCAUUGUUUUUUGAGCUAUGCUGAUUCAUUCAAAUCUAAGACCUAGGCAAGCCUUAUAAAUCGAUCAGUGAUGUUAUUUUGUC